CAUUUACUCCAACACACGUGCAUAGGCGAGCCAAAACGUUGGCGUACGAUACCGGCAUACUUUCAUAUUAUGCGAAGUAGAUCUUUGUUCUUCGAAAAUCUGCUCCGAGAAAUUUCAACAGGCUGGAGGCAUCAAUACGAAAGCUGUAAUAAAUUAAAAAGUAUCGCAUACAGGUUUCUCAGGACGCAAUACAAGAACACAAUGAAUCCUCCGCUUCCUAAUCUACGACAAUACCUGCAGCACCAUUUAGAUGUUAUUCCGGAAGCGGUCGCUAGCGACAUUAUUAAAAUCUUAGACAUCCUGGACAACAAAAAGCGUUAUUUUCUUGAUCUCUGCAAAACAUUAAGCGCUAGUCGCGUGCGCAUCGGUGAAGAUGACGCCAACGCACUCUGUGAAGAUACAAACAGGAUCGAGGCUGUGGAAGGCAGCUUCACAUCGAACAUUAUAACCCUGCUAGAUGAGUGCCAUCUUGGACACAGUGACACUAACGAUAUCAUGCAUUUCAUUGCGAAGUGGACGGACUACUUGCUUCGCGAAUAUUCAUCCGACAAAUAUCGUGGUAUAACAGAUAAAAUGAAUUCGAUGCAAAAAUCGGGACAUGCAGCCCUUGCGACCCAGAGCGUGAGCGAUGAUUUUGAUCAAAACGUUCUGUCACUGUAUGAGAACCCCAGCAUAAACGAAACUAGUCCGCUGGCCAAACCUUCCCUUCUGCCGACUAAAUGUCAGCCUCCAAGAAGCCGCGGAGCCGUAAAGCUACCAUGCCCCGGUUCUUUCCGACCCAGCACAUGCCCACCGGGUACCAUUUACAACUGGCAAUGUUGUGAAUGCCUGCGUUGUCUGGAAUACGGAUUCGACGAUCACUUCUAUUGUGAAUGUGGCAAAUCUGCCGCUGAAUGGUUUACGUUUCAAUGUGGACACUUUAAGCAUGGUGCGCAGUAUAUCGGAUUUCGACCAAAUGUACUCGUUGGCAUGCUCGAAAACCUGAAGCCUUUCAAAGAAAUUAAUAUCCUUAUAUUAGGAGAAACCGGUGUUGGAAAGUCGACGUGGAUCAACGGCUUUGUCAACUGCAUCACCUACGCUACACUAGAGGAAGCGCUUGUGGAACCAGUGUAUCUGAUACCUGCUCGGUUCAAAACAUACGACGAUGACUAUAACGAGCAGACAGUGACAAUGGGUAAAAGUGAAAACGAGGACGAAACACCCGGUCAGUCCAGCACACAAAUGCCUAAGACGUACGUCAUUCGAAAAGACGACAGUAUUAUCCGGCUGAUUGACACUCCGGGCAUCGGUGAUACGCGAGGAGCCGAACAAGACAAGAAGAACUUUCAGUUAAUUAUGAAACAUUUGGCCAACUACGAGACGCUACACGGCAUUUGCAUGCUGCUAAAACCCAAUAGUGCCCGGCUCACAGCGAUGGUGCAGUUCUGCAUUAAAGAACUCCUGAUUCAUCUACACCGCAGUGCCUGCGAGAACCUAGUGUUUGUGUUUACGAAUACGCGCAGCACUUUCUACCGUCCCGGUGAUACGUAUCCGGCGCUGCAACAGCUGAUUGGAAAUGCAAAAGACGCCGGUCACCAUCUUAACAUCAACCUGGGAGUUGAUAUCGUGUAUUGUGUCGACAAUGAAGCCGUGCGUUUUAUGGCUGCCGUAAAGUGUGGAAUAGCCUUUGGUGACAGCGAGAAAGAACACUUCAGUGAAAGCUGGAAGAUUUCGGUAGCGGAGACUGACCGGCUACUGCAGUAUUUAUCCAAAAGAACUCCUCACCAGCUGCGUCAGACGCUAUCACUGAACGAGGCAAGGCAGUUCGUCCUCACGCUAACGGAACCGUUGGCGCACAUCACUAAGAACAUUCAGACGAAUAUUCUGGCCGCGGAAGAAGCCAAUGAAGUUUUGCAGCGGGAAAAGAGCAAUAAAGAUCUUCAGCGUAAACUGUACAUUCCAUCGAUCAAAUUACAACACGUGCCACUGUCGUACACGCGGACGGUCUGCGUCGCACCCAAGUGCACGAAGAUAGUAGGGCAGAAGGUCAACUAUGUCACCUGGUGCCAUGAACACUGCAACUGUGUCAGCGGGGUCAGUCGUGAUUCGUAUCCCCAACCGGCACUGCAGAAUUGCGCUGCGAUGGACAACAGCAAAAUGCGGUGCGCCAAAUGUGGCUGCUCAUGGGAAUUUCACAUGCAGGUUGACUACGAACAACGUGAGGUCAUGGGUCUUACGCUGGAUGAAGGCGUGCAGACAUCGCUGGAUCAGAAACAUGAACAUAUUUCCUCGGUCCAAAAAACACUGGAUGAUUUUGCCGACCGCAAAUCAAAACUCCAAGCCGAACUGGACGAGAUUGCCGGAGUGGCUUCUGAUUUGGGGUGCUUCUUAAGGACGAACGCAAUAAUUCCUUACAAUGAUGCCACCGAAGCAUACCUAUGCAUUUUAAUAAAAACGGAAGAAGAAAAGACUGCCACGGGCGGCAGCAGAUCCGGUAUGGAAAAUUACCAAAAGGCAAUUAACUUGUAUCGCGAGGAAAAACGAAUCAUAGAGGAAGCCCUUACUAAAGGCAGCAAGCAUAGUCAAGCUACCGCAACAGAUUUCAAGACGGCAUUAAAAACACUGUACAAUUUACCGAUAAAUGGAGGUGCGAUUAAGCAGCUGGUAGACGCCGUGGAUUCUGAAAACAAAAGUGAAAUGGAAUUCUCCGAGACUCUUCACAAUCCCAUACCACGCAACCGAAACAAGCAGGAAACCAAAUCAUGUGUAAUUCCACAACACUCUCCAAGAAGUUUGAACGGGCGCCCUGAAAAUGCAGAUACCAGAGGCCCGCUAGUUGUAAACAGGGAUGGCAGUUCCGUGUUGGGUGUCAGUCCCGGUUUUCAUCCGGUACUUAAUGGAACUAUGUACCAGGCCCAAAGUUUGCCGUAUGCUCUUCGUAUGCCGCGGCCGAUUACUAAUAUCCAACCGUCUGACAUAAACCAACGGUUGAAUAUCGACGCGAUGAAUUUUCCAAAACCGUUUAAACAUUCGGGCGGGAUGCCAAAACAAGUCGGCCCACAAUUACAUGGCACACGCCAAAAAAUCAUUGCCAGACCCGCUGUUAUUCCCAGGCAAGGUAGCGAAGUACCAUUACAAACGUACCAAAAUAGGCUUCAACAAGAGCCCAUACAUAAUCGACCUGCACUUGCAACGGUGGUAGCAUCUGAACCAAACGAUCCGCCUAAAAGCACUCUAAACCGGCAUAAAGUGGAUAAUGGUCACAUAAAAAUGACUCAGCGACAUUCCAAGGCAGAAGGAAAGAGCCAAUGGUGAUUCAAAUGAAGAAAUAUAACGGACAGAUUUUGAAGCCGGCUGCAGAUGGCGCGAAGCAAAAUUUGCCUACUGGACGAGCGGAUCGAUUACCUAAUACCAAACAGCAAACGGAUACAUCAUUUUCCCCUUCGGAUGAGACAGCAACACCGGCAACGCCCAUGAAAACAUUUUUACCACCACAACAAGUGAAAACAUUGACAGCAGCAUUCGAAGCUCAAGGAGUGAGAGACACGCUGCAAAGGAAACGGUCGCCACCGGCUCAUAAAAAAGGUGCCAUUUAUCCACCGGGAGAGAAAUACAAAUUUCAGCAGCAUAAAGAAUCAGCCACACCGGCGGUAGAGGAACAGCGAGACGAACACUGUGAUCAGGUAUGCGUUGAAGCAGCUGCGAAUGUCUCCAGACAGGCAAUGAUGGAGGCAGCAAAAAGAGGUGUGGAGAGGAUGCAAAUAACCUUAAAAAAGUAUGAGACAAAGAAUGUGUAAAUCAAAACAUUUAAAGGUCAAGAUUUGCAUUUUGUCAGAUUCAAUUGGUUGGGAUGUGUUCAGAUACCCAUGCUUUCUGGCCAGAAAGCAGAUAAGUGAUAAUAAAUGUCAAGCUCUUGA